UCCUUUAGAGGUGGAAUGUUUUCUUUUCUAAUUCAUCAUCAAGUGGCUAUUUCCCCUUUUUAAAUACAGCGCAGCAUCUUAUUUUCAGGUUUCUUGUAACUGUAAUCUUAGAAUGAAACUAGAUCAUUGUGGCACUUAAAAUGACUACUUCCAUUCUGCCGGAAAGUCAGUUACAAAAUUCGCCAGAAUUGAAAGAUGAAUCAGACUCACAUAAAACACAGACCGCAGAUGAACAGAUGGCGAAAGAUUCGGCCCCCGAGUCAUCUGAACGAGUAUCCAAAGCGGCGAAGACGAAGCGCACUUCUUCGUACGCCCAGGACGAAUCAAGCACCGAUCAAGACCAGUGUCGAAUCUGCCAAAUCGGAGACACGCACAGUUCCGAUAACCCACUGAUCACGCCGUGCAAAUGUGCGGGCUCAGUGCGUUACGUGCAUCAGAACUGCCUUCAGAAAUGGAUCAAGAGCAGUGACAUCAAAUGUUGCGAGCUCUGUCGCUACGAGUUCAAAAUGCAGACCAAACUCAAGCCCUUCUCAAAAUGGGAGAAAUUGGACAUGUCGAACAGUGAGCGUCGGAAGAUUCUGUGUUCUAUUGGGUUUCAUCUAGUGGCAAUAACAUGUGUGAUCUGGUCCCUCUAUGUCCUCAUACAGCGCACAGCACAGGAGAUCAGACACAGGGAGUUCCACUGGCCCUUUUGGACUAAACUGGUGGUAGUGGCCAUCGGCUUCAUCGGAGGAAUCGUCUUUAUGUAUGUGCAGUGCAAAGUUUACGUGCAACUCUGGCGUCGACUCAAGGCGUUCAACCGUGUAAUUUAUGUGCAAAACAACCCUUUGAGCUCCUUAGCGGCCCAAAACGUGCAAGAGUCUAACAACCAAACACUGCCUGUGCAAAGUAGCAGCAACAGCAAAACGCCUCCUCUUUUCGACAGUUCGAGUCUGGCUUCGGCUGCUAUUUUGACCUCUUCUCGCCCAUCGUGCUCUUCCUCGACUGCGAAUCUCCAAGGUCACCACAGUUACCAAGGUCACGAAAGGCCAGACUCGAAUCUUCAGCAGCCACGGAGUUUUUGUUCUCAAAGUGCGAAGUUGCAUCAACCCGAAAGCGAAAAUGCUAUAAGUGUAACGCAAAGCUGUGAUUCCAAAAUGGACAAACAUGUUUUACAUGCACAAUCAGAGCAAGAACAUUUUUGUGCUAAUUUGAACAGCUUUCCCACAACUUUCCCGACACAAAAUGCGGACGAUGUUGCUUUCGUGUCAAGUGAUGUAAAUGUUAGCAGUUCAAUGCGGAGUGCAAUCCAGAAUCGAGGUGGCGGAAGUUCCGAGUUCCAGUGCUUCGCUCCGAACUCCAGCGAAGUGAGGGUCGAUCUGAGCUACGUGCCGGAGUCUACUGAACAACCAGAAGAUCAGAAAAUUGCGACGGAGUUGAAAUGUUACGUCUCACAGGUGUGACCAAACUGGGACGACAUUGAUUUAACUCUAAGCCGAACAAAGCAACUCAAUUUCAAAAAUACUGUAUUUGCAUUUCUCAGAACUUAUUUUUCUAUAGAACGAACUCAUAUCUUCAUAGUUAGUUUAUGUAAUAGAUGGAAUCUCAUAUUGGCAGAAAGAGGAAGCUGUGUUGCAUGUAGAUAAUUUAACUUUGUGGACUACUGAACUCUUUGUGAAGUGUGGCCAUUAUUUAUUAAUAAGGAAAUGUAAACAGUGUUUUCUUCGAAGCCUGAGCAAUAGUUAACUAAGUGUAUGGAAAUUCAUGAUGAGUAACUGUUGUUUCUUUUCGCAAUUGAUGUUUAUUGUUACUGUCAACUGAUGAAUAUCUGAGUUUGUAAAUCUCAACAGAAACUCAUUUGUCGAUAAA